UUUUUCUAUUCGGUUCAAUAUAAAAGCUUCGGCUGUUCUUGAUUGCCGGUACAGUUUGGCUCGAUUAACCGGGCAAAGCGCGUCUUUCGAACGGAUUCAAGUUGUUGUGGUGUUAGAAGGCCCAGGAUCGGAAGGAUUCUAGCUAGAACGAUGCUGAAGUUCACGAUCAUUGCCAGUUGCCUGGUGGCAGCAGCUGUUUGCUCUCAUGACCUCGUCGGUGCCGAAAGUGGUUGGAGCAGCGGCGGCUGGAGCUCCGGUGGUCAAGGCAGCUAUGGUGGAGGCAGCAGCUACGGCGGAGGCCAUGGCGGCGCUGGUAGCGGCGGCAUUGUGAUUGUUUCCUCCAGCAAGGGUUGGCCAUCGUCGUCCGGUGGUUGGAGCCAAGGAGGAGGAGGUUCCGGAUGGAGCCAAGGCGGAGGAUCCGGAUGGAAAUCGGGUGGUUCGGGAUGGAAUAAGGGAGGCUCUGGAUGGAAUACCGGCGGAUCCGGAUGGAACAAGGGUGGAUCGGGAUGGAAUCUGGGUGGAUCCGGAUGGAACCAGGGAGGAUCCGGUUGGAGCCAAGGAGGUUUGGGAGGAGGCUGGUCCAAUGGUGGCGGUUACGCCAAAUCGUACAGCAACGUGCAGUCCGUCAGCAAGGGAUGGCCCUCUUCGGGAUCUUCUGGUUGGUCUUCGGGCGCUUCUGCCUGGCCAUCGAGUGGUGCUGGAUGGUCCGGAAGUGGCAGCGGAUGGAGCAAGGGAGGAAGUGCCGGCUGGCCGAGCUCAUCUGGAUGGAGCUCGGGUGGCAGCCAAGGAUGGUCUGGAGCUGGAGCUGGAAAGGGAUGGAGCACCGCCGGAUACGGUAGCGGAAAGGGUUGGUCUUCUGGAGGAUAUGGAGGUGGAAAUGGAUGGUCCACUGGUGGAAGCAUCGGAGGACUUUCUGGCGGAUGGAGCUCCGGUGGAUCCGGCGGAUGGAAGAGCUGGUAAAGGAUAACCAUUCGGCUGCCUCACAAUGACUUGUGUUCAGAUGAAAUGAAAGCGAUAUUGCGAACACUCAUGAAAUUGCAUUUGUAUAAACUCAUGUAAAUUUGACGUUUACGAAACCGUUUGUAUAUUUGUAAAUAUAUGUAUUUACUUGAAAAUAACAUAAAA